AUGACACCUGCAGCCGCUUUGUCAGAUUACAAAAUAUGUGAGCGGCGUAUAUGGGUUAGACGCAUCGUGGCUGAUGGCGGGGCCGGCUUGUUCAUCAUGGUGGAGCAGCUGGACUUGGCGAUCGCCUCGCUAACGCUUCCAGAAUGGGCAAUGCACCAUCCACCUUACCAGAGUUGCCGUCUACCAAAGCCACUGAUUUGUCUACAUGGGUCAGCCCCAACUCGCGAUGGUGCGCCUUCUCUUCCGCCGUGA